AUGGAGCUUCUUGCUGCUGCUGCAGCAGGAGAUACUGCUGCUGCUGCUGCUGCUGCUGCAGUUGCUGCAGUAGAUGAGGUUCAUGUUAAUGAAGUGGCUGCUGCUGCUGCAGCAGCAGCAGCAGCAGCAGCAGCAACAGCAGCAGCAGCAGCAGCAGCAGCUGAUGCGGCUUUUGCUGUGACAGCUGCAUGCAUGCUGCAGCAGCAAGCAGCUGCAACAAGCAGCAACUGCAGCAGCAGCAGCAGCAGCAACAGCAGCAGCAAGCAGCUGCAACAAGCAGCAACUGCAGAAGCAGCAGCAGCAGCAAGCAGCUGCAACAAGCAGCAACUGCAGAAGCAGCAGCAGCAGCAGCAGCAGCAGCAGCAAGCAGCUGCAUGCAUACGUGCUGCAUGUUUGUGUAUUAACAAGAAGAUAGAAGCAGGUUAUUCAUCUCGUUUUCCUAGAGAGACCGCAGCAGCAGCAGCUGCUGCAGCAGCAGCUGCUAGCUGCAACAAGCAGCAACUGCAGAAGCAGCAGCAGCAGCAAGCAGCUGCAACAAGCAGCAACUGCAGCAGCAGCAGCAGCAGCAGCAGCAGCAAGCAGCUGCAUGCAUACGUGCUAGACCGCAGCAGCAGCUGCUGCAGCAGCAGCAGCAAGCAGCUGCAGCAGCAGCUGCAGCAGCUCCAGCAACAGACUGCAGCAGCAGCUGCUGCAGUAGCUGCAGCACUAGCAGCUGCAGCAGCAGCAGCAGCAGCAGCUCCAGCAAAGGCUGCAGCAGCUGCAGCAACGGCUGCAGCAGCUGCAGCAGCUGCAGCAGCAGCAGCAGCAUCUGCUGCUGCACCAGCAAGGUAUAAAACGUAA